UUCCUGGAAUUGUCGGGCAACUUUUCCUGUUGUGCUUGCUACCUCUUGCUCAAUCCCCUUGCUUAAUGACAGCUCUGCUGCAGGAUUACUGGGGCUGUGAAGACUCGUGCCAUCUGGAUGCCCCUCUCUACAGCAUGCUGGGGUUUAUAGCCGGUGCAUUUGUUGUCAUAAAUAUAUUUUCAUGAUUCAGGUCAGAAGUUUUCCUUCAGCAGAAAUGUCUCGGCAGUGUAAAGUGGGGCGAAAUCCAUCGAUAGCUAAUCAGCUUCCCUGGAUUUCGCAGACAACCCCUCUUUGUUUUGCCUGAAGAUGGAAACACUGGAGUCGGAGCUGACCUGCCCAAUCUGUCUGGAGCUCUUUGAGGACCCACUGCUCUUGCCCUGUGCUCACAGCCUUUGUUUCAACUGUGCCCAUCGUAUUCUGGUCUCCCACUGCACCCCCAGUGAGCCAAUCCAGUCUAUCAGCGCCUUUCAGUGCCCAACCUGUCGCUAUGUUAUCACCCUCAACCAGAGGGGCCUAGAAGGACUCAAACGCAACGUUACAUUACAGAACAUCAUUGACCGCUACCAGAAAGCUUCUCUAAGUGGACCUAACUCUCCUAACGAGACCAGGCGUGAGCGAGCCAUCCCUGACAGCAAAGCCAUGACAUCCGCCAGUGACCGGGUGCAGUGUCAGUUCUGUGAGCAGGACCCUCCACAGGAUGCUGUGAAGACCUGCGUCACCUGCGAGGUGUCAUACUGCGACGAGUGUCUUAAGGCCACCCACCCCAACAAGAAGCCCUUCACGGGCCACCGACUAAUCGAGCCCUUGCUGGAUUCCCAUCUGCGAGGGCUUAUGUGUCUGGAGCAUGAGGACGAGAAGGUCAACAUGUACUGUGUGACAGACGAACAGUUGAUCUGUGCAUUGUGUAAGCUGGUUGGCCGACACCGAGACCACCAAGUAGCAGCCCUCAGCGACCGAUAUGACAAACUUAAGAAAUCUUCUGGCCGCUUUCUCUGUGUGGGGCGUGAUCAUUCACACCAGGAGGCAGACCAGCAAGCAUUGGAUUCCAACCUCAGCAAUCUAAUCAAGAGGACCAGUGAGUUGGAAAGUCUGAUGGGCAAACUUAUCCAAACCUGCCAACACGUGGAGGCAAAUGCAUCGCGACAAGAAAACAAGCUGCUUGAGGAGUGUGAACUGCUGAUUAAUAUCAUACAGCAGCGAAGACAAAUCAUAGCUACCAAGAUAAAGGAGGGAAAGUCUGUGCGACUGAGAAAGCUAGCCCAGCAGAUAGCCAGCUGCAAACAGUGCAUCGAGAGGUCCUCCGCCCUCAUCUCUCAAGCCGACCAAACCCUCAAAGAGACAGACCAUGCUCGAUUCCUUCAGACAGCUAAAAGUAUCUGUGAGAGAGUAUCAAUGGCAACGGCAUCCUCUCAAAUCCUGUUACCAGAAAUCAAUCUGAAUGACACUUUUGAUAGUUUUGCUUUGGACUUCACGAGGGAGAAGAAAAUGCUAGAAAGCUUGGAUUACCUCACAGCACCAAAUCCACCAGUAAUCCGCGAGGAAUUAUGUACAGCUUCAUAUGACACAAUCACAGUUCACUGGACAUCAGAUGAUGAAUUCUCUGUUGUAUCAUAUGAACUUCAAUACGCCAUCUUCACCAGCCAAUCUAAUGUUGUCAGUUUAUGUAACUCUGCUGAUAGCUGGAUGAUUGUACCAAACAUCAAGCAAAAUCACUACACUGUGCACGGACUCCAGUGUGGUACAAAGUACAUUUUCAUAGUGAAGGCCAUUAACCAGGCUGGAAACCGCAGCAGUGAACCAGGGAAACUCAAGACAAACAGUCAGCCAUUUAAGUUGGACCCAAAGUCCGCUCACCGGAAGUUGAGGGUGUCCCAUGACAACCUGACAGUGGAGAGGGACGAGACAUCGUCCAAGAAAAGCCACAGUCAGGACCGCUUCUCCAGCCACAGCAGUUAUGGCGUCACAGGAAAUGUCUACAUCGACAGCGGCCGCCAUUACUGGGAGGCUCUGAUAGGAGGAAGCACAUGGUUUGCAGUGGGCAUUGCGUACAAGUCAGCGCCAAAACAUGAGUGGAUUGGCAAAAACUCAGCCUCCUGGGUACUGUCUCGCUGCAACAACUCGUGGGUGGUGCGUCACAACAGCAAGGAGAUGCCUAUUGAGCCCUCGCCCCACCUGCGGCGUCUUGGAGUAUUGUUGGACUACGAUUCUGGAUCUCUGUCUUUCUACGAUGCCGUGGGCUCUCAGCACUUGUAUACGUUUGACAUCGCCUUUGCUCAGCCAGUUUGCCCUGUGUUCAAUGUGUGGAACAGGUGUUUAACAGUCCUCACGGGACUGCCCAUCCCAGAUCACCUAGAGGGGACAGAUUACAACAACUGACAAAACCUGUCUUGCUGGAUUUGCUUGGUGUAUCCCCCCCCCAAAAAAAAAACAAAAACAGACUGCCUGCACCUCUUUGACUGACCACGUGCUUCAUGUUGGCAAAAUAAAAACAGUAGCCGAACGGGAUGCAAUUAGUGGCCCAGGUGUACGUUCCUAAUCCCGCCUAGGUUGAAAUUAAUUGGAAUUAUUUAAAUUAUUUACAAGUAUCUGUAAAUGUAAUUUUUUGCUUUGCACAUUUAUGUACAUUACUCAGCUGAAUGGUUUUAAGGGUUUGCUUACAGUUUUAAUUUUUUUUUAAGUUUAUAUUUUCAAAUAGAGUCUAGAUUUUUUUUUUUUUAAUUUCUAAUUUCAUAUUACACACUAUUCCAUUCCUGUGUAGUUAAGGGUGAUGAUAAAUCUUUACGUGCAAGUGACAAGCAGAUUCUUUGACUGUAAUUUUUUUGAAAGGUUGUAUUGUAAGGUAAAUCUAAGGUUUUUGAAAAUUUUUUUUUAAUUCAUAGCACUUUGAGAAGACAAAGUUGUCACUAUAAAAUGCAUUUCUAAGCCACUUGUACCAUAACACAGAUAUGUUUGUUUGUCAUUGUUCUGUAAGGAAAAGGCACUUGACUAGAUCACAUAACAGUAGUUAACUGUUAUCUGCAAAUGCGCUAGUGCAGAUCCGCAUUAAGAGGUCGUUCAUUUUCUCAUUGUAUCCGUUUCAAAAGAGCUCAGCAGCACAUUUUCCACACUUAAUUUCAAGAUAUAAUAAAAGUGACUUAAUUUGA